CCCUCUCUCUCUCUCUGUCUCUCUUCUGCACUAUUAAAUGACUCGAAUGCAGACUUGGAGGAAUCAGUUUCAGUUGUGGCCUUGUGUAGUAUUCUCUACUUUCCUUGUCUUUCACGACAUCUUUCUUGUUUGUACAAAUGGCUGUGCUCUGUUGCUGAAUUCGGGUCAUUGCAAGUGGCUUGACAACUACAAGAAGUCAGUAGCAGUGAAGUUGUUUCUGACAGAUUGGAGGUUUCAGAAUCCAGGAAGGAAGAACCUGACAUAACACCUAAACAGCCACUAGGCAGAAGAUUUUUGGGGAAAUGGCUGCAUCUGAAAGAGAUGUGACACAGAUGCUAUCUGCCACUGAUUCACAAGUUGAUGAACAAGAUGGCUCUCAGUUUUGCAGGCUUACAUAUAGGAGUGCAUCCUUAUCUAUCCCCAUGAACUCCACAGAAUUCAAUGACAGUGAAAAUAGUCUUGUAGGUCAUUCUGUUUAUCUGGAAAAUGAAAGGAAAACUUCAUAUUUGCAGAUGAGUGGUCCUUUAUAUACUAGUAGCAGGAAUGGAAUUGUACUGGGGCCUAUGCAAAGUGCAGUAGCGCAACAAACAACUGAGGCUCCAGUAGAACGGUAUCCUCCAUUGAAUGGCAGGGAGCGAACAGUUUGGCCAGAUAAGAGCUAUGCGUCGCAGAAUGAUCAUCUCAUUAAGUCUGGUCAACUUGGAAUGUGUGAUGAUCCUUACUGCACAACAUGCCCAAGUUAUUACCAUCUCAAGGGGCAACAGAAGAAAUCAAAAUCAUCGGACAUACUGGAUUACAAGUUCCACAAUAUGAUCUAUGGAGAUGCAAAAGGCUGGGCAAAGAAAGUUUCUUCUUUUCUUGGUCCUUUUAUUCCACCUAUCAUGAAUCCUCAUGCAAAAGUUGUUCAGCAGUGGAACCAGUUCUUUUUCCUUUCUUGCUUGUUUGCAGUUUUCCUGGACCCUUUGUUCUUCUUUUUGUUGUACGUAAAUCAGGAUAACAAAUGUAUAGUACUUAAUUGGCCCAUGACAACAACAAUUGUGGCUUUGAGGAGCAUGACUGAUUUUUUGUACUUAAUUCACAUCCUUCUUCAGUUCAGGCUUGCUUAUGUUGCUCCUGAAUCUAGAGUGGUGGGUGCUGGAGACCUAGUUGACCAUCCAAAAAAGAUUGCGCUUCAUUAUCUUUCUGGAUAUUUCCUUAUUGACUUAUUUGUUGUAUUACCACUUCCACAAAUCAUUAUAUUGGCUGUCUUACCCAAUUCCAUUGGAUCAUCUGGUGCAAAUUAUGCAAAAAAUCUUCUGCGGGCAGCAAUUUUAGCUCAGUACAUUCCAAGGUUGUACAGGGUUCUGCCCUUGCUCGCUGGUCAGUCAUCAACCGGUUUCAUAUUUGAGUCAGCAUGGGCAAAUUUCGUUAUAAAUCUUCUAAUGUUUGUGUUGUCUAGUCAUGUGGUGGGAUCGUGCUGGUAUCUCUUUGGGCUGCAGAGGGUGAAUCAAUGCCUUCGAGAUGCCUGUCAUGACUCUGGAAUUGCAAGGUGCAUGGACUUCAUAGAUUGCGGGCAUGGGAAUGAUCAUAGCUGGUUCGCUUCAGAUCCAACAUGGGAUCUGUGGAAGAAUAAUGCCAAUGCAACGGCUUGUUUUGGAGGUGGAAAUUUCUCCUUUGGAAUCUAUGCUCAAUCUGUAGACCUGACCACAACAGAAAAUGUCAUCACUAGAUACAUAUACUCAUUGUUCUGGGGAUUCCAGCAAAUAAGCACAUUGGCUGGAAAUCAAGUUCCUAGUUAUUUUGUUUGGGAAGUUCUUUUCACGAUGGCCAUCGUUGGACUUGGUCUUCUUCUGUUUGCUUUGCUGAUUGGAAAUAUGCAAAACUUUCUCCAGUCUCUUGGACGCAGGUAAUACCUUCAUCAAUGCUAAUCCAUCAUCAUCCAACAUUUUG